CCCCAGAAAGAAAGGAAAAGCGACUUUUUAAGCUGUCACUCCCAUUAAGGGCCACCUGACGUCGCGACAAGCAAAAUGGAAUUAAAACCGGUACUACGGAAAACAGGUACAAUCAUUCGGCUCGUACUCACUAUCUUCUUUGCCAUGCUGGUGCUGGGUUUGAUGGUGUGGGCCUAUGUCAAGGGCUUCAAGUUGGCCAGCUCUCCAUUUAACAUUGUCUCCUUUGGCUUUUAUGGCCUCCUUCUUGGACUUCAUGUCUUAGUCCAGAGUCUAUUUGCCUUCGUGGAACAUUGGCAGAUGCAGACUCGCAAAGAACCCUGUAGUUACACAAAAACUGUCGGACUCACCAUCUCAGCCUACCAGGAGGACCCUGUCUACCUCAGAGAGUGCCUCAGUUCUGUACGAAAUCUCAAGUAUCCACCUGAGCUGCUAAAGGUCAUAAUGGUGGUGGAUGGAAAUGCAGAGGAUGACCGCUAUAUGAUGGACAUGUUCAGAGAGGUGUUUGCUGACCAGGAUCCUGGCUGCUAUGUAUGGGACAACAAUUAUCACACGUGGGAACCUCGGAAGCAAACAGAUGCUGAGGGUGGAGUUGAUGAGGUGGAUUAUCAGAGAAGAGUUGUGGAAGAUUUGAUUAAUAGUAAGAAGUAUGUGUGCAUUAUGCAAAAGUGGGGUGGCAAAAGAGAAGUGAUGUACACAGCCUUCAAAGCACUGAAGAUGUCGGUUGAUUAUGUACAGGUGUGUGAUUCUGAUACCAAACUGGACCCUUUAGCCACAGUGGAACUCUGCAGGGUUCUGGAAAGCAAUCACAAGUAUGGCGCUGUUGGUGGUGAUGUGAUGAUCCUCAAUAUGAAAGACUCCUAUAUCAGUUUCAUGAGUAGUCUUAGGUACUGGAUGGCUUUCAACAUAGAACGAGCCUGUCAGUCCUUCUUCAACUGCGUCUCCUGCAUCAGUGGCCCCCUUGGCCUCUACAGAAACGAUCUCCUUCAACAGUUCUUGGAAUCCUGGUACCAUCAGAAGUUCUUGGGCACACAUUGUACUUUUGGGGAUGACCGACAUCUAACCAAUCGAAUGCUGAGCAUGGGCUACGCAACAAAGUACACAGCGUUGUCAAAGUGCUACACAGAGACACCAGCUCAGUUCUUACGUUGGCUGAACCAGCAAACUCGCUGGACCAAGUCUUACUUCCGUGAGUGGCUUUACAAUGCCAUGUGGUGGCACAAACACAGCCUGUGGAUGACCUAUGAAUCUAUAGUGUCUGGCAUCUUUCCCUUUUUUGUUACCGCCACAGUUAUUAUGCUGUUCUGGAGUGGAAGCAUAUGGGAUGUCCUCUGGGUCCUCUGCUGUAUCCAAAUAAUUGGCCUGGUGAAGGCUGCCUAUGCCUGUCUCCUCCGAAAAAAUAUAAUUAUGAUCUUCAUGUCACUCUAUUCAGUGCUUUACAUGACCAGUCUCCUACCUGCCAAGUAUUUUGCACUCCUAACCAUGAACAAGAGCAACUGGGGUACCUCAGGCAGACGCAAGAUUGUAGGGAAUUACAUCCCCGUUCUUCCUCUGUCAGUCUGGGCAGCUAUUUUGCUGAGUGGACUCUGUUACAACAUCUACUGGGAGAGCACCAGGAUAUGGUCAUCAGAUGAAAAGCAAUUAGAGUCCAAGUUCUUGAUUUAUAGUGCAGUUGCCUAUGUCUGCUACUGGAUCUUUAUGAUCUCUCUGUACUGGGUUUGGUUCCGGAGACUGUUCAGAAAACGUUCUAAAUCUUAUGACUUGAAUGUUUAGGAAAAUUUUCACCAAAUAAGUGGUUUACUCUUAAUUAAUUAAUAGAUAAUUUAUUUUCACAAACAUCA